AUGGGCGUGGACUUGUGGGAGGACGAGAACGAGGAGGCGACCCACUCGGGUCGCGACGAAGACCUCGAGCGCGAGUCUCGAAGCAGACGCGAGCAGUUCUGGAGCGAGGGGUACCGCGAGGGCAUCGAGGAGGGUAAGAAGGCCACCGUCCAGCGCGGGUUCAACGUCGGGUUCAGGGAGGGCGCCGCCGCGGGCGUGGCGUACGGGCAGGUGCGGGGCGCGGCGGUGAGCGUCGGCAUCUUCGCGGGGCAGGUGCCGGGCAGCGGCGGGUGGGCGGACGCGGUGCGGGGCGCGGCGGGAAUCGUUCAGCGGAUGAGACCGGCGGAUGCGGCGCGCGAGGCCAAGGCGGACCACGAGCGGGUCGUGCGGUCGGAGUCGCGCGACGGAGACCCGGGCACGCCGACAAGGUCGGAGCCGCAGCCCGAGCCCCCGACGGAUCCCGACGGGGGCUCCGUCAGCAAGGCGCCGCCGAAGCGCGGCAGGGGCGAAGAUGAGGACGGAACCUUCGCCGGAAAGAUGCGGGGCGCCAGGGACGAGCUCGAACGCGCGGGUUUCGAGCUCCGCGACGUGGAGCUCAGGUAG